AAUAUGGAGUCAACUACUAUUGGAAAGAAAAACGUUCUGUUUGUCAAAACAACGCCUGUUGAGAAGGAACUACUAGAUGAAAAUCAAUUCGUAGGAUCUUAUGGAGUCAUCAAUCCUUCAGAUAUCAGCUAUACCCAUACAAACGAGGAUAAAUUUCAAGAAAUUGUCAUAAAAUUAGAGGAAAUUUUUAAAUCUGAGGCUAAAAUUGGCGUUAUCUUUACAUCAGUAAAUGGAGUCAAAUCAGUCAAAGAUUUCAUUGAUAAAAUCGAGGAAAAGAAGGAUCUUCAUGAGAAAUUGAUCGGAAUCAUUGAGAAACAUUCCUGAGUGGUUGGGAAGAAGACUUCCAAAGUUUUGAAGAAUCAUUUUAAAGAGCCAAAAAUAGUUAGUGAUACAGAUAUGCUGGCUCUUAUUUCUAUGCUAAAUGAUAAUGAGGAAGAAUUUGAGAAAUUCAUCUAUUUUUGUGGAAAUAAAACAGCUGUGUCUGAUAAAGAUCUUCCUGAAAUUUUUAUCAAAAUCCAAGUGUAUCACAAUGAACCGAUCUCGUUUGAAAAAUUUGUAGAGGAUUUCUCAAAGCAAGAAACUGAGGUUAAUCUAAAUCCAGAUAUUAUUGUCUUCUAUAGCCCAUCAGGAUUUGAGACUUUCUACAAUCAUUUUCAAGAAAUGAAAUCUUGAGAUGACUCAUGCCCUUUAGAUAGCAUUAGCCUAAUUUCAAUAGGAAAGACGACCGAAAAGGCAAUUAAAUCAAAAAUUGGCCGAUGCGAAUACACCUGUCCAAAACCAACGAUCGAACACAUCCUUGAAGGGGUCAAAGAAAUCUCCAAUUCACUAGCAUAAACCCUUAAA